AUGAAGUUUGAGCCCACAGACUAUUUGCAGAACCUCAACUUGGACUUUGAAGCCACCUGCAACAACGACUACAGUGACGAUUAUGUGUCGCCCGUGAUUGAUCAGCAACAGUUGCAGCAGGACUUGGAUCUAUUCAGCCGGGCCGCAAACGACUUCUUUUCCUUGGAUGUGUUUGGUGACAGCAUUGUUCCCAUCAAGCCCGAGCAAAAUGCCCAGUACCACCAGCAGCAGCAGCCGUUUUCCUCGUUGCAACCUCCACACCAGUCGCCGGUUGAGCAAUACCCUCAACACGCCUCAUUUGUCAAACCGCAAGCACAAACCAGCCCCCACGUGCAACCUGGCCAGCCUACCAGCUUCCUCCUGAUACCGUCGUCCUACUCCACCGCCUCUACUCCGCUCGCGGGCGACUACCUUGCCGCGGCUACACAGGCAUCGAUAUUGGACAAGAAAAAGCGCAACACCGCCGCCAGUGCCAGGUUCAGAAUCAAGAAGAAGUUGAAGGAGCAAGAGCUCCAAUCCAAGAGUAAAGAGUUGGAGGAAAAAGUCGAAAGGCUCCAGCAGAGAUUGAAGAAACUCGAAGUCGAAAACAGAUGCUUAAAGACCAUCAUCUUCAAGCAGAACGAGGAGAAAAACUCGGAGUUGGUGGACUCGAUCAAAAAGAGAAUAACCACCGAGUAUGAAUUGACUGCGCUCUGA